GCUGCGCCUCGGUUGACAAUGGUUUUCUUGGUGUGAAAAUUUUCAAUUUUACACUCAACUACAUGCAAUAUUUACAUAAUAGACCCCUGAUAUAAGACUAGCAAUUAUUACUUAGACGCGUAAAAUGUGAUAAUGAGUUAUUAUUAUAAUUUAACGAAUUGAUAUAAAAAAAAAUGGGUUCCCGUGAAUAAAGCUAACACCAGGAAAACAAUUCUUUGGUGUCGAAGAUACAGUUUCCGCCUUUUUCAUUUCCGUUUCACAGAAAACGGGAAGCAUAGAGUAGACCUUUGACAUUUUUUUUUCAAGUGAGAAUGUGCAAUAUACAUUAUACCAUCCAAUAUUGAGAAGGAAUUUCAAUCAUAUAGUAAUGCGCUAGGGUGUGUUAGGCUUGCUAGCAAGCAAACUGCCUGGUUGAAAUGGAAUGUUGCUAACGCAAACAGUUAAAUUAUCCCUCGGAAAGUCUAUUUGAACAUGUUAAUUAUGCUCAGAACCUAUCCAGACAUCUGAGAAGACACGGGGUCAGAUUACUAUAAGCAUCGCCCUGUAGAUAUGUUACACCCUCAUUUACUUCCUGUCAUGUUCGGGUAAAUUGAAGAAUCCAUAGAUAAACAGUGUGAAAAAAAGCAGAACAAUUUUUUUAAAAGGUGAAAAUUUCACUUUACAAGUGAACGAUGAGUGAUGAAAAGGCAGAAAAAAUGGCCCAAGAUGCAGUUCGUUGUAGUCAAUGCACAAAUGUGGUCGCUGUUCGAUGCAGAAGCUGUGGUCUUAACCUUUGCAGAGAUUGUAGAAACAAACAUUUAGAAAAUGAAGCACAGAAGCAUGAAAUUGAGCCGUACAAGCCACAGGUAUCCUCUCCAGACAGAUGCAUUGAUCAUUCUCAAGAAAACGUCCUGUACUGUCAGGAUUGCACAGUUCCUAUUUGCUUUCAGUGUCUUUUGGGAAACCAUGAGGGACACAGAAGUGCAAACUUGUCCAAAAUCACCACAGCAACUCAAAGCGCUGUCCAAAGCGACUUACUGGAAUUAAGGCACUUCAAAAAUGAAUACGAAAAUGUUGUGCAGAAAAUGAUAGAAAAGUUUUCUGAGUAUGCAGAUCACAGUAAAAAAGAAGCAGAUACUCUAGAAGAGUUGAGGAAAACUUGGCAUGAGAAAGUUGAUGUCACGAUAGACAAAUUCAAAAAGAAUGUGGAUGACAUGGCGAGAGAAGACAAGAAACACAUGCAGGAUAGUAUUGAAGAAAUGCAAGCGAUUUUAAAGCGUGUGGAGAACUGCAUUCAGGAAAACGAGAAACUUUUGAAAGAUAACAAAGUCUUGAAUCUCCUUAAGUACGAAUCUAUGGUCGAGGAAUUGCAACUUGUUCCUAGUAGAGAAGUCAUACUACCGCCAAAAAUAAUUCCCUCAGAUAUUUCGGAAGAACAGAUUAUUAAAAAGCUUUUGACACUCGAACGCUCCAAUAGAACAACUUUACCAGGAUUUGCCAUUAGCAAAACCUGUGGGGUAACGGCAGUAGCGGCCCGCAUGUUACUGGAAGAACCAGAACCUUUAGCUAUUAUAAAAACCAACAGCGGAAAAUUAAAAGGAAUUUGUUGUGAAGCAACAAAGGGGGUGUGGGUUUAUGGAGAUGAUGAAAAACUCAAGCAGUAUGACAAACAUGGCACUCUGCUGAAGUCCAUAGCUGCGAUUUCGGGAAGUAGUCAGAAAGACAUUGCGGUAAACAAAAACGGCGAUGUUGCUUUUCCACAGAUCACGGAUGAAUGUGUCGAAGUACUACUUGUCGGAAAAGACUGCAUCGAGAAGAUGAUAAAAAUAACUGACUGGAUACCAUUUGGUCUUUGCUUCAACACAGAAGACGACUUGAUGGUCUGCAUGCGACGAAACGACUACUCAGAGGCCAAGAUUGGCAUAUUUUCUGAAGGCAAAUUGAAAAAAGAAAUUCAAUUUGAUGAUAAUAAUAGGGCACUGUUUUCUGUAGGCCGGAACAACAUGUAUGUCACCGAAAAUGGAAACGGGGACAUUUGUGUUUCCGACUGGAACGCCUCGGCUGUCGUCGUGACCAAGAAAACCGGCGAAUUCCGAUUUCGUUACACUGGAAAUCUCUCUCGCAGCUACAAAGAAUUCUAUCCACAUGGAAUAGAUACUGACAACUAUUGUCGUAUUCUUGUUGUUGAUCGCGACAAUAAUUGUGUCCACGUGAUCGACAGGAACGGGAAUUUCUUACGCUACAUCAACUGCAGUUUGAAGGACCCCUUCGUUCUCAGCAUUGAUGGUGACGAAAACCUCUGGAUUGGGGAGAACAGUGAAUCGUGCAUCAAAAUUAUUAAGUAUUUGGAUUGAUACAGAAAAAAGUAACUUUGAUAAAGAGAUCCCUUAUGAAUCUCCAAUUUUUUUUAUCAUAUCUUGCAUUUAUGUUUUCAGUUUGAGAAUGCAGUAUGCACACACAAGUGUUUUCAUUUUUCAUACGAUGUUUUCGAUUCAUUGAGUAGGGGUUACGUUUCUUUAAAUGGUGAGAUGUUAACGUUGAAUGUAUACACUUCUUGGUGGUAUUUUACACGAUUUCACCUAACUUGGUGUCUAGGGAACAAAUUACUAGUAUGCCAUUUUUAUUUUAACAUCUUGCGUAUAACAACUUAAGUCGUGAUUAUAUAAGUAAGCUGAAUAAAUUUAACCGUAUGGA